AUGUUGGCCAACGUUAAAUUGAACCUUGUUACGGCACUUUAUGUUUUGUCAUAUGUCUCAGUUGUUAAUGCCUAUCAACAAGAAAAUGAAAUAACACCAGCAGAUAAUAUUGACAAAAGAGCUGGUGCUAUUGGUAAUUUUUUCAGAGAUUUCACCAAUAGUAUUUUUGGAAACGAUAAUCUGGAAGUCAACCAACCAUCAACAAAUGGUGCUACCAGUACUGGACACUUUUUCGGUCCAUCAAUACCUUCUACUUCUACUCACCAACAGACACCGGGUGAAACAUCAAACAAUGUUAACACAAAAUCAUCUUCUCAGAAUCAAUCACCUUCCACAUCUCCCACUUCUACUGUUGCUGCUGCUGCUGCAACUUCUUCAAGUCCUGUUGCUAGUACUCGUCCUGCUUCAACUUCUGAACAAAAGCAACAAGAAGAGACUACAGCUAGACAAUCAACUUCACCAGCUACAACAGCUACUACUUCCAAUACUCCUCCUUCUCCUUCCACCUCCAAGGAAACCCCAACCUCAAACACUGCUCAGACUAGUUCUGCCAACAACAAUCAACAAUCAUCAAAUACAGCAGCUCCAUCUACUAGUGUUAUCCAACCAAGUACAUCAGAAGUUCAUGUUCAAUCACAACAAACUUCUACAACACCAAACACUCCAACUAGUUCACCAAAUACUCCAACCACUUCAGAAGCAGCACCAACUACUUCAGCAGCACCAACCACAUCAGAGGCUCCAGUUACUCCAAGUACUUCAGAAGUAGUACCAAAUACACCAACCACUUCAAAAGCACCAAAUACACCAACCACAUCAGAGGCUCCAGUUACUCCAAGUACUUCAGAAGUAGUACCAAAUACACCAACCACUUCAAAAGCACCAAAUACACCAACCACCUCAGAAGCACCAGCUACACCAACCACUUCAGAAGCACCAAACACUCCAACCACCUCAGAGGCUCCGGUUACUCCAACCACCUCAGAAGUAGUACCAACCACUUCAACUCAAGGAGAUGCUGUAUCAACUUCAUCAACUAGUGUUACCGAACAGACAACUUUAACUUCAUCUACUCAAUUACCUCCAACUACUGCUCUGACUACACAGACUAGUACUCCAGAGGCUUCCGAUUCUCCUAAACCAAGUUCAACUUCUAUUGAAACACCAUCAACUUCAACUUUUGAACAAGAUCCAACUACUACUUCCAGUGUUGGUACCCCUUCAUCGGAGCAACCUCAACCAACUACUACUUCUGAACUGGCUGUAACAUCCAAUUCUCCAACUCAAGAAUCAACUUCUUUGGUUGAACCAACAACUAGUUCUUUGGAAAGUUCCAACACUCCAACACCAAACCCUUCCACUUCUGAAGCCCAACCAUCAACUAGUGCAAGUCAAGCUCCACCAGAUACCACUUCUAGUGCACCAGCACCAGAACUUUCUUCAAGUAAUGCAGAUUUCUCCAAUCUGGUAUUGCAUAGUUCCGAAACCACUUCAUUAGUGAACCCUACCGAUUCCCAAAUUGAUAGCUCUUCCACUACUGAUGCCGUUUCGCAAGCUACUACUGAACCGACUUCUGAAAACACACCUACUGCUGCUUCUUCUGUAACUGCCAAUGACAUUAAUUCAGCCCAAUCUUCAGCUCCAACUUCUAAUGCUGACGCCGAAACUGCUUCAUCUCCAGUUUCUGAACAAAGUUUAGCCACUGGAAGUCAAACCAGUCUUGAUACUACUGCUGGCGCUAGUUCAACUGCCAGUGAAGCAACUGCUGAGAAUUUGUCUACUUUUGGUACUGAUGGCUCUUCAGAUGCUUCUCAAACCAUUGCCGAAACCACCAGCAAUUCUCCUGAUCAAUCAGUGGUUACACCAUCAGCUAGUGCUUCUCCAGAUGUAUCUACACUCCCAACUGGAUCUGAAAGUGGUACAAGCCUUGUUUCUGGAUCUGAAACCAGUAUUGAUACCAAUACAGUUGCUUCAGGAUCUACUGUUAUUCCAGAAAGCAGUAAUAUUCCCACCCAAUCACCAUCACAAUCUGUAGUAUCAUCAGAUGCUGCUGCUUCUAACGUCUCAACAGGUUCAGCAACCACUGAUUCUCUUGCUGGAAGUGAAACCGGAGUACAACCAAUAUCAUCAAGUGCUACAGGUACUAGUGAACCAGUAUUUUCAAGUGAGUAUAAUUCAAGUGAAGGUACCACUAGUUUGGUGGUUCCUACCAAUUCUGAACUUAGCUCAACUGUUACUGGUAGUUCUGAAACUGCUGCUACUGCUAUUAAUUCUGAAUCGGUCUUAACUGGUAGUUCUGAUACUGCUGCUACAGUUACUGGUAGUGAAUCAAUUUUGACUGGUAAUACUGAAACAAGUGCUACUGCUAUUGCAAGUGAAUCUACUUUAACUGGAUCCACUACUGGUGCUACUGACUCCGCUGCAACUACUAUUGCAAGUGAAUCUGUGUUGACUGGUACUUCUGAUGCUAGUGCUACCGUUAUUCCUAGUGAAUCUGCGUUGACUGGAUCUACCACCACUCCAAUUGCCAGUGAAUCCGUUUUGACCGGAACCACUUCAGCUGAUGUAUCUGGUGCCACUACGAUUGGCAGUGAAUCAAUUUUUACUGGUACUACUGAAUCAACAGGUACACCUCUUCCAACUGCCAGUGGCACAGAAUCAUUAGAUACUACUGUUGCAACUGGUACGUCUGUGUCUGAACAAAGUGGAGUUGAAACUGCAUUGUCUACACAACCAACAACAGGUACUGAAGCUACAGUUACAAGUGGUGUUUCUCAAAGUGAACAAACCGGAACUUCAGCUGUCACUGGUGUUACAGAAUCAUCUGAACAAAUCCAAAGUGGUGCUACUACUCCUGCUACUACUACUGCAAGUGACGCAACAGCUGUUACCAAUGCUAGUGAAGCUUCAGCAGAAUCUCAAGCUACAACUACAGCUGCUAGUGAAGCUACUACUGGCUCACAAGUCACAACUGCUGCUAGUGAAGCUGCCACAGAAUCACAAGCCACAACAGCUGCUAGCGAGGCUGCCACAGAAUCACAAGCCACAACAGCUGCUAGCGAGGCUGCCACAGAAUCACAAGCUACUACACCUGCUAGUGAACCUGCUACUGGUUCUCAAGUUACAAGUGAAGUUACCCCUGCUACAGUUCCUUCAUCGGUUACUGCUGCAGACACUGCUGCCACUUCAAUAAUUACAUCUCCACCAGCAUCAGCUGAGCCAUCAAGUGAAGUUACCGCAGUUGCUCCUUCAGCAGCAACCACAUCAAGUACUAAGAAUUGGUUGCCAUCACUGUUGGUUAUUGCUGAGACACCAUCGAGUAAUGCAAGCAAAAGUACCGAAUCUAUCGUUCAAGCUUCUGCCACAGGUGCAUCUACUUCAGGUUUACCAAGAGCUAUUACUCCAGAAACUACUACUACUCCAGGUUUUGAUUAUCAAGUUAUUACUGUUGGUUUCAAAUCAGCAUUGAACUAUCCAUUUGUCGUUGAGAAUUCGAUUUCAUCAGCACAAAUUUUCCAAUACUUGCCAAGAGUUUUGAAAUAUCCAUUCAAUGGUGAUAAAUCGUUGCAAAAUGUUUCUGUACGUCGUUUAAUUCCUUACACUGCAUCAAAUAUUGACUAUACUAUUACUGUUGCUGAAGUUUAUUUCCCUAAGGAUAGUGUGAAAGCUUUAGGUAGUUUUAUAACUACUCCUGGGUCAGCUAUCUAUAGAAAUCCUGACAGUGUUUUACAAGCAUUGGCUUCAUUGAUUGAUAGUAGAAUUCCAUUGACUGGAUUAGUUACUGAUGAUCAACAAGUUUCUGGUUCUUCAUCUGAUAGUAAUCCAUCUACUAAUUCUUAUGGUUCAAUGGAUAUAGUUUCCAAUACAAAAGUUGCCGAUAAAGGAAGAAUUGCUGGUAUAACCAUUGGUGCAGCAGCAGGAUGUGGAUUAUACAUGACAUUGAUGGUGUUGUUGUUUAGAAAGUUUAGAAAGAGUAAUAAGGCAUUAGAAUUACCAAUUACUGAUUCUGAAUCCAAUUUGGGAUUCAGUGAUGAAGAUUCAUCAAUGUUAGAAUCUUCGUCUGGAUUUUCUGCUAUUUUUUCAAGAAUUAAUCACGGUGGAGUAUUGACUGGCGAUCCUAAUGGAGGAGGAGACGAUAUGAUGAUGAUGAAUAACAACAACAACAAUCUUAGACCAAAUAACAUUUCUGAACCUGUUCAAGCAUCCAAUUCAUUGGGUUGGUAUCAUUAG